AUGACAUCUUUCAAACCGCCGCCAGAGGAAGGAGAUAGAUCACGAAACACACUCAUACAGUCUUGGGGUGAAUGGCUAACAUUGCCAGUGAGGUAUUGUGACCUUAGCCGUGACGCAUUCAUACAUUUCUCGAUUUGGGAACUAACCUCUGGAACGGAGUCACUAACCCUGUUCCCACACGAGGAGAAAAGAGUUUCUUCUGAUGGCGUUCCACAGCCGUUGCCCAAAAGACUCAUUGCUCAAUCGUCCCUUCCAUUAUUCAGUAAGAGAGGAGUGCUGAAGUCAGGAACGCUAGAUGUUCAGAUGGAACUGUCAGAAGAACUGGACCCAUUUCAUCGGUGUGUGGAACAAUGGAAGUGUCCCGAUCCAAACGAAAGUCAUCUAAGGGAUCUUCUGAAGCAGGUAUCACGCCAGCAGCGUAAUUUGGUUGCCGAGGUGCCAUGGUUGGAUCCAUUCACUUUCAGAAAGGUGGAAGAGCUGCGUAAUAAUCGUAAAUUUGCUUCAACUCAACGCUACCUGUUUCUCGUAUUCAAAAUGGCUUCUAUCCAGUACGAUCGACAACACUAUGAUGUGGUCUAUUAUGAGGAUCCGACGCCAGAUGUGAGACCUUCUCCUUUCUUCCAAGAAUUCCUUGUUCAAGGGCUUUAUACUCACUUCGAGCAGCAGGAAAGAUGA